GUGUCCACUCAGCUGAGCUCUAAGUGGCAAUUUGCAAGGAGUGCCUGGGCUGGAUGCUCCAUUAUGGUAAUGAUAUCGUCGGGCGAGGGCGCUAGCUAUCAUGCAGCUACUUACACUGCCUACCUACUACUACUUUAUUAUCCCCAUCUGAUAUACUUCACGAUAUCCCACCUCAAUCCUGUGGCGGCGAUCCUCUUCCUCGACCUUCAGUGAAGUAGUCACUCAAGCAGGCAACCACUAUGACUUCAGGUACAUCGCCCCGGGCUGCUGCUGCUGCCACCGGGGGACCUGAUUCAGUCUCACUCUCCCGUCAGCCCGCAACAAACACAGGACAAUCCUCAUCCCCGCCAUCCACCACCACACAACCACACUCCAGCCCGCAGCCAGCAUACCCAGGCCUCGGCCCCAAUUUCGCCCAUGACCCAAAGGCUCCCUUCACCGUGAGCUACGACCAAGAUGUCUAUCUCCAGCUGAUGGCCGGCGAAGAGGAUGCAGUGAAAACGCCGACUCAGAUAUACCGUGAGAAAUGGGUCCGGCGCGCCUUGAACCCAGCGAUUUCUGAUCCGAGGGGCGAACCAAGCUCGAUUGAUUUUGAGUGUGCGGAGACACAGAAGGCAAAGGAUAGAUUCUGAACUGACGAGGUGCCAUUUUGCAACCAAGGUUGUUUGAUAAGCCGGCUGGUGCCCACGUGGGUCGAGGAAUGGAUCAGAUCAGAUUAUCACCGGUUGAGAUGAAGUAAUGGCUGUAAUGAAACGAUCCAUAUUGGAAUGAAGC